ACCUAAAUCCUAUAUAUUUCCAAACCAAUGGCUCCAUCAAGCAAGUUAAGAAAAGCAAUAGGUGCGGUAAAAGAUCAAACAAGCAUAAGCCUAGCCAAAGUCGGAACCAGUGCUUCUCUAUCCGAUCUCGAGGUCGCCAUUGUUAAAGCUACUCGUCAUGAAGAAUAUCCAGCCGAAGAAAAAUACAUUCGUGAAAUCCUCAGCCUAACCUUCUAUUCCAGAGCUUCAAUCGGUGCAUGUGUCGAUACAAUCUCAAGACGUCUUAGAAAAACCAAAAAUUGGAUCGUAGCUCUCAAAACCCUAACUCUUAUUCAUCGUCUUCUCGGCGAUGGUGAUCCCGCUUUUGAACACGAAAUCUUCUUCGCCACCAGACGUGGUACACGCCUUCUUAACUUAUCCGAUUUCCGUGAUUGUUCUAGACCCGAUGCUUGGGAUUAUUCCGCGUUCGUUAGAUCGUACGCGUUCUAUUUGGAUGAUCAACUCGAGUUUAAGAUGCAGGGAAGGAAAUCAAAAUCAAAACGAAAAGCAGCAUCGUCGUUCUCGUAUGAGGAAGAUGAGGAUGGCGGUGAAGAACGGAUCGCCAGUCCUAAGGAGGAGGAAGCGAUGAAAUCUUCGAAAAUUCCAUAUGAGGAGAUGAAAACAGAGACUCUGUUUUCCAGAAUUCAAAACCUAAUGCGUCUUUUGGAGAGAUUUCUUGCUUGUUAUCCAACAGGUUCAGCUGCGCACAAUAGAGUGGUUUUAAUUGCUCUGAAUCCAGUCGUAAAAGAAAGCUUUCGUAUAUACUACGACAUUACAGAGAUACAGAGAAUAAUGAUAGACAGAUUCACAACAAUGGAAUUCUCACAUUUGGUUAUUGUUUACGAAAUCUUCUGUCGUUUACGCGAAUUAUUCGAUGAACUUGAUCAAUUUCACGACUGGUGCAAACGAUCCGGUGUAGCCAGGUCCCUUGAUUUUGUCGACAUCCAAAAGAUCACUCAAAAGAAACUCAAUGUCAUGGAUGAUUAUGUACGUGGUAAAUCCUCACAAAGGCAAAACCAAAAUCAAAUCGAUUAUUACAAAGUUGAAGAAGAAGAUGAUGAUGAUGAAAAAGAAGAAGUUAAACAAAUCCAUGAUGAAGAAAUCAAAGCUCUCCCAGCACCUGAACCAGAGCCACCAGAGCCAGAGCAGAGCCCAAUUCCAGCUAAAAUCGAAAAAACACAAACAGAAGGAGAUUUACUCAAUUUAGGCGAAGAUGCAAUGUCUAUACAAGAAAACGGGGAUAUGUUAGCAUUAGCCUUAUUCAACGGGGGCAUUGGGGGGACACAAUCGACAACGACAACAAUGAGUCCAUGGGAGGCGUUUAACGAUAAUACAGAGAAUUGGGAAUCGUCGCUAGUUCAAUCAGCUAGCUAUUUGGGUAAUCAAACAACAACGUUUUCAGGUGGAUUUGAUAUGUUGAUGUUGGACGGAAUGUAUCAACAAGGAUCAAAUGCGGCGGCUAAAAUGAAUUAUGUUACAACCGGAAGUGCAAGUAGUGUGGCACUUGGAUCUGUUGGUCGGCCGGCGAUGUUGGCUCUACCGGCGCCGCCAUCGGCUGAUGUCGGAAAGUGGAAUGUCGACCCUUUUGCGGCGUCGCUUGUUGUGCCGCCGCCGUCUUAUGUGCAGAUGUCGGAAAUGGAGAAGAAACGGAAAUUGUUAGUUGAGGAACAGAUGAUGUGGCAACAAUAUUCGACCAAUGGUGUGCAAGGGCAAAUUAGGUAUUCUAAUAAUAAUAUGCAACAAAAUCCAUUUAUGUAUAAUAGAAUGGGAGGGUAAAAUGGGCAAAAGAAAAAAAACCAUAAAUGUAAUUAUUUGCAUU